AUGACAGAUAAUAAUCCAGAUGGUGGUAUGUCAUUAGACUCCAUGAUCUUAGACGAUAAAUUAUCUAAAAUCAGAUCACAAAUAAAUUCAAAAUUAGACAAUCAAAAACAUUUAUCAAUAAUUUUAUCAGCAGUUGAAGAAAAUAUUGAAGAACAACAUAAUGAUAAAACUCCUACUGCAUACUUUGUUUCAUUCUUAUCAUUAUUAGAUCAAUGUAUUAAAGAAGAUUCAAUUAUUGAUAAUACUUUAGCUACCACCACUGCAUAUUUCUUAGAUCUUGUGUUUCCAUUCACCCCAAAACCCUUACUUAAAGAGAAUUUUAAUCAAAUUUUAGCAAAGUUGGCAUAUCCAUUAACUCAUCCUUCCGCAGAAGCUCCCUUAAUUAGGUCCACUAUUGGUGCAUUAGAAAGCUUAUUAUUAGCCCAAGACCACAAACAAUGGAGUGCUGGUGGAAGUAUCUCCCCCAAAAGGGCUUUUUUGGGAUUGGUUGAAUUAUCCUUCGAUCCAAGACCAAAAGUCAGAAAGAGAGCCCAGGAAUCAGUUAGUAAUAUCUUAUGCAACCCACCAGCAUCACCACUGCCUGUGCAUGUUGCUUCUGGAUUAGCUGCUGAAGUUGCUUUGAAUAAAUUAUCCCAAUUAUUACAAGAUGCAUCCACCCAGAAGAAGAAAAACACUAAUAAAGAAUUAAAUUCCCAGAUUAUUCAUUGCUUACAAUUGAUUACCACUAUUACGUCGGCCAAUUCAUGGCCGGUGGGAGAGAUUGAACCACUUUGUGAUAUCUUAUUAGAAAUUUCUAAGACUUCGGAUCAAUAUCUUGUCCUGUCUGCAUUUAGAGCAUUUGAAGGGUUGUUUAAAUCAAUGACAAAUAUUAUUGAUGUUGAAAAGUUUGCUAGAGUGUUGAAUGUUAUUUUUGAUUUAAAACCUUCAAUUAAUGAUAAUCAUUUGGCUGCAUCUUGGUUAGCAGUGAUUGCGAAGGCGUUGGAAAGUUUUUCGGUAUUGUCGACACAAGAAUGUUUGAGGAAGUUUGGAACGAUCUUGCCUGUGGUUGGAUCAUUCUUGGGUUCGGAUUCGAAGGAUAUUUAUAUUUCCGCUUCUCAAUGUUUGAUUGCGAUUAUUACUCAAUGUAUCCCUGACAACUAUUUAUUAAACCCAACUCCCGAAAAUGGAAUCACUGGGGACAUCUACGAAUUAAUGGACGAAACAAUUACUUUUAUUUCCGAAAUGAUCGAAAAUGAAUUCUUCUCAAUUAAAUACCAACAUGCCACCAAACAAAUCUUGGAAUUCACAACUGCCACGAUUUUGAAAUUAAGAACUAGGGCCAAUCCUGAUUUUCUUGCGGUUUUAGAAACAGUUGGUGCUUGGAGAACUAAUGAAACUGACAAUUUCCCUCAUAAUAAAGAAGCAGAAGAUUUAAUUGCUGCUUGUAUUUCAACCAUGGGUCCACAAGUUGUUUUAAGUAUCUUGCCGUUGAAUUUAACUGGUGGUGGUAAUGGUAGUGGUAGAGCAUGGUUAUUGCCGAUUUUGAGGGAUAAUGUAAGAUUUGCCGAUUUACAAUAUUACAAAACUGAAAUCUUACCAAUUGUCGAAUUUUUUGAACAGAGUAUUGAAAAAUCAGGAAAUAAGGAAUCAAUGAAUGUAAAGAUUUUCCAAACUAUUAUUGAUCAAAUUUGGUCCUUACUCCCCCAUUUCUGUGAUUUACCAAAAGAUUUAAUCACCGCCUUUGAUGAUGAAUUUGCCGCUAGGUUGUCUGAUUUGAUGUAUGCCAAGGUUGAAUUACGUGGGACUAUAUGUCAUGCAUUAAGAUUAUUAGCAGAAUCUAAUAUUGUUUAUUCCGAAGGAGCAAUGAAUGAUGAUUUAUUAAUGUUGCAAGAAUUCCCAAUUGCAGAAUCUGAGAAGAAUUUGGAAUAUUUACAAUCGAAAACUUCUAAUAUCUUGAGUGUUUUGUUUAAUGUGUUUUCAUCCACAUUACCUGAAUCAAGAGGGUUUGUAUUAGAAACUAUUGAUGUUUAUUUACAAAUUGCACCAAAGGAUGAAUUGGCAGGUACUUUUGAUAAAGUCUGUGGAUUAUUGAGAAAUGCCAUGGAUGAAGAAGCCAAACAAGCACCACAACAACAACAGCAACAAAAGAAUAAGAACGAGACUCCAAAGCUUAGUAUCACCAUGAUGGAUUUAAUUGUCGCCAUGGCCAAAUUUGUCCCUGAAACCAGUCAUAAUGCAUUAUUCGCCAUCUUUUCUACCACUGUUGUCAUGAAGGAUAAUGCAUUAUUACAGAAACGUGCCUAUAGAUUAAUUUCCAAGCUUGCCGAAACCGUGCAAGGAAAACAAUCAAUCUUAAGAUUUAUUGGCGAUAUCGAAACCGUCCUCCUUCAAACCACCGAAAUCACUCAUAAUUCAGCCCGUGCUUCAAGAUUACAAUCCAUUACUUUGAUUCUUGACUUAUUACCAACAACAGACCUCUACUUCAUUCCGGCAAUCUUACAAGAAAUAAUCCUCGCCACCAAGGAUGUCAAUGAAAAAUCUCGUCAAUUAUCAUAUCAAAUAUUGAUUCAAAUGGGACAUAAGAUGAUUGCUGGUGGGAUUGUCCAAAACUCAAGAGUACCAGGAUUUGACCCAACCACUCCUGAUUCCGUGGCUAAUUUAUCGGAAUAUUUCACAAUGGUGAGUGCUGGUUUGGCUGCUCAGACUCCCCAUAUGAUUUCAGCAUGUAUAACUGCUAUAUCAUGUUUGGUAUUUGAAUUUAAGGAUGUUUUGGCGGUGGAUACUUUAUUGGAAAUUUCUCAAACUGUUGAAUUAUUCUUGACUCAUAAUUCAAGAGAGAUUGCUAAAGCUGCAAUUGGAUUUGUAAAAGUUGAAGUAUUAUGUUUACCCGAAGAAAUGGUUAGGACCAAUUUACUGGAAAUGUUGAACAAAUUGAUGAAAUGGUCUCAUGAACAUAAAGGGCAUUUUAAAUCUAAGGUUAAACAUAUUUUGGAAAGAUUGAUUAGAAAAUUUGGUAUUGAGGCUGUGGAAGAGAAUAUUCCUGAAGAUGAUAAGAAAUUGAUUGCAAAUAUUAGAAAGACAAGAAAUAGACUCAAGAAGAAACAAGAAGAAGCUGCCACCGCUGGUACUACCUCAUCUACAACUGAUUCAUCUCAACAACAACCAGCUAAAUUUGUCUCAGCUUAUGAACAAGCAUUAUAUGAUUCUGAUUCAGAUGAAGAAGAUGUUGAGAUCUAUGACGAAGAUAAGCUUCGUUCUAAAGCAUCUCAAUUCAUUCUUGAAUCUGGGGAUGAGCCAUUGAAUCUUUUGGAUAGAAAUGCAUUAGCUCAUAUUUCAUCUUCAAAACCAAAGAAAUUCACCAAGUCAGACCUUACUUCUAAGAAAGCUGAAUUUAAGACUAAGAAUGGGAAACUUGUGUUUAAUGAGAAUGCUGAAGAUGAAGAUUUGUUAGCUAAUAAAGGAUCAGGUAUUGAUGCUUAUUUGGAUGCUGUUAAACAAGCUCCUGUUAGAGGACAAAGAAAUAAAUUGAAAUUUAAGAAACAAAAGAAUGAUGAUAAAGAAGAUUGGUCUGAUGAUGAAGAAGAGCAACCAAAGAAGAAGAGCUUUGAUAGGAGAAGUGGUAGUAAGAGUGCUAUUGGUAAAGGCAGUAAUAGAGUAUCUAAACCUAAACAAAAAUUUAAAGCUAAAAAGAAGCUUUAA